UUAACAAAUAGCGAAUGUUAUAUGAGUCCAGCUGAUUCACAAACAAGUCUCAAUUCAUCACAAACAAGUUUAACAAUGAGUCAAGCAAGUCUUGGAACAAGUCAAAAUUAUUUAUUAAAUAAAGAACAAACACAAGGUUUAUUAAGCCAAGCACAAAGUCGUUCACAAGCAAAUUUAAAUCAUGUUAAUAGACGUGGUUUAUUAUCAAGAAUGAGAAGUUUAAAUCAAAUUCAAUCACAAGCAUGUUUAUUAAAUAAUGAUAAAAUUAUAUUACAAAAAGAACAAUUUAAUCAUUCAAUAUUUGGUAAUAGUAGAUCACAAGAAAAAUUAUAUGGUUUAAAAUGUUUAUCGAAAUCACAAGGUGUACUUGAUAUUUAUCGUAGUCUUGAGUCUUUAAAAAAAACUAAAAAAUUUAAAAAAAAAGAACAACAACGUCCAACAAAUAACCAAGAUUCAUUGCCAGUUAUUAAAAAUUUAGAAAAUGAAAUUAAAAAUGCAGUAACAAAAGACAAUGAUAAUAGUAAUGAACAUUGUGAAAUUGUUGAUGAUGUAAAAAGCGAUAAAUCAAAUGAGCUUGAUGAUAAUGUUAGUAAAAUAGUUGAUGAAGAAAAUCGUGAAUUUGUUAGUGAAGAAAAUUUCGAUAGUUUGCAAUCAGUUGAAUCUGAUACAUUAACUGAAGAUUCAGAUGUAACAUCAAUUGAUGCAACAAGAUUAACAGUUAAACAACCAUCAAAACGUCAAAAUUCUGAUAUAUCAUCACACUCAAAUAAUUCUGGUAAUUCAGAUGAUAAAGAUGAACAUUAUGAGUCAGAAAAUGAUGAACCAAAAUAUUCAGUAUCACAACUUGUAUCAGCAUUUAAUAAACAUCAAGAAGUUGCAUCAAAAACAAGUCUUGAAGCAAUUAUGACUGAAAAAUGUAUUAAUGAAGUUACAUUUCCAACUGGACCAAAAGCACUUAGAUUAUUUAUACCAGAUAUUAAUAUUACUGAACGUGUUAUUGUUAAAAGAAAAACAAGUUAUAAACCACGUAAAAAUUGGGAAGAAUUACGUAAACGUAAUGAAAAAAAUGAGGGAGUUUUAAAAGAUUUCGAUAAUGAUUCUGGUAAUGAGGAUGAUGAAGAUACUGUAAAUCCUGGUGAAAAAAUUGAUAAUGAAAAUAGCACAAAUGAUAAUUUAAAAUGGACACAAGAUACUAAUGACAUGUCAAUUAAAAUUGAAGAUAAAAGUUUAGAUAAUAGAGACACAACAAUUGAUGAAAAAUAUAAACAAUGUGUUGAUGUUGCAAAAAAAGAAAUAAUAAAUAAUGAAACAACAAUAAAUUCAGUUGUUAAACCAACGAUAAUCAUUGAUAAAACAAUGACUAAAACAAUUGUUAAUAAAACAAAUCAACGUUCAUCAUAUCAAAAAGAAAGACUACCAAAUUAUAUUCACUCAGAUGUAAUAACAUCGAAAAAUAAUGACAAUAAAAAUGUAGCAAAAUUAACAAAGACAACAAAAUUAAGUAAAGUUAAAAAACCAAUUGAUAAACGAAGUGAUAGUGCAGUUAAUUUAAAAGAUAUACUUCAAAAAACAGACAACAGUCAUUCAACACAAAAAGAAAAUAUGGAAAAAUUACGUAAACGUACAUCAAUUGCUAAAAUAAUAUUAAAUGAUAAUUUAUCAGUUGAUAGUGAUUCAAAUAAUAAUAUAAAUAAAACAAAAAAUGAUAAAUCAAUUAAUAAUAAUGAUGGUUCAAAUCAAACAGAUGUUAAAAAUACAAAAAUAAAUAAUACACGUAAAUUAUCAAAUAAUGAUUCAUCAACAAGUAAAAUUGAGACAUCAAAAACAAGUGUAUCAUCACAACAUGAUGGUAAAAAAAUACCAAUGAGUGCUGAAGAAAGAAGAAUGUGGGGAAAAGUAUGUACUGGUUCAUACACAAGAGCAAUGGAAAAAUUUAAUAGUAAACCAAAUUCACCAAGAAAAUCAUUAAAUUUAUUAUCACCAAUUCAAAAUGAAAAAAUACGAAGAAAAAGUUCACCAGCAAUGCCACCAAAUAGUGCAUCAUAAAUAUUAAAAAAAAAAACAAAAAAAGCAAAAAAAAAAGGAUCUAUCAAAGAAACG